AUGUACCUUCUGCAGGAACCGAAAGGGAAUCGGCUUAUCCUGCACUUACGAGUUAGGAGGGCCAAGCAAGAGCAAGAGCAAAAGGAGCUCGUUCGUUCACUACUUGCGCAGCAACAGAAGACUACGGUUGAUUGUCCUGAUGGCCUCGUUCGAGAGCAUUCGUUCCAUACCACGUCGCCACAGAGUGUCUCUACGGGUCCACUAGCAUCUCCCGACGAGGACACGCUUGUGCCAGCUCUAAAGCAUGCGUCUAUAUCGCAUAACAAGGACAGUGCCGACUCCCCUGGGCCCUCAGAGCCCGGCAGCAUGCGUCUGCACUCACAUGGUCUCGGUGCCAGCUACGUCGGGAGCGUUCACUGGGCCGCCGUCCUCGAUAGUAUCUCGGAGCUUAGAGACCACUACGAGGAGGAGGAAGAGGCCAGGAUUCUGGCCACCAACGACCAUGUACUCCUCCAAGGCCCGGGGCCUAGACUGCUAUAUGAGCCAGUUCAUACCACAAAAGCUGACCUUCUUGCUUCGAUCCCGGCAAGGCCUGUUGUGGAUCGUAUGGUUGCGAGGUACUUUAACACACAAGGUGUUGUACCAAGCAUACUUCACAGCGGACAUUUUCUCCGAGAGUAUGAGAAGUUCUGGCAGGAGCCAUCAGCAAUGCCGUGCAGCUGGAUUGGGCUCUUAUUUAGCGUACUGUGCGUUGCUACGCUAUGUCAACACUCGAUCGAUGACCCAGAAGAUCCUGAAACUCAAGAAAGAGUGCGCGUGUUCCGGGAACAGACACUUCACAGCCUUAUCCUAGGCCAGUACACCAGAGGCGGGGAACACAUACUAGAAACCUUGAUUAAUUAUCUCAUCUGUGAGUCGUUCAUGUCCCAGGAGGCUGAGAUCGGGCUGUGGCUUGUACAAGGCAUCAUCGUGCAGCUCGCCUUGAGUCAGGGCUAUCACCGAGAACCGCAGAACUUCCCCAGCAUUUCUCCAUUUGCUGGUGAGAUGCGGCGGCGCGUGUGGGCUGUCAUUGUGCAGGUGGAUCUUCGUCUUUCGAGCCAGAUGGCACUGCCAUGUGUGCUCAAAUCGCAGCAGUACGACACAGCUGAGCCGCGUAACUUGCUAGAUACAGAUUUCGACGAGACUACCAUCGAGCUACCCCCUUCGCGUCCCGAGACGGAGGUCACACCCGUGUUGUACAGCUUGGCCAAGGGGAGGAUAGACAAGAUGAUGGGGCUGGUAAACGACCUCAUCAACGACACCAAAGAGCACCCGUACACGGAGAUCAUGGAACUUGACCGGAAACUGCAAGAAGCUGAGGCUUCGCUGCCGCCAAUCUUCAAAUGGCAGCCUCUCAGCCAAUCCUUCAUGGUGGCGCCUGAGAUCGUCAUGCAUCGUGUUUUACUCCAGCUCGCCAUACAGAGACUGACCAUCUGGCUUCACCGGAAGUAUCUCGCACCGCCGUAUACCCAGCCACGCUACCAGUACUCACGCAACGCCUGUGUCCAGGCAGCCAUUAAGAUUCUGGAAUUCCAGCAGAUAGUGCUAGAGGAGACGCAGGGAGAUGGACUGCUUUAUCCCGCGAGGUGGGCGCGAUGGAUGCUCCUGUCCUCGCGGCCGCGGGCAGUCUUUUUGCUGGGCGUGAGCAUUCUCUGCUACUAUGUACAGCUGGCCAAGACACGACCGGACGUUUCUCUAGAUAAAAGUAUGGGUGCAAAGAUUCAUAAUCUGCUACGUAACGCGUAUCCUCUCUGGCUGCACUCGACGACCGUGUCGAGGGAAGCUAGGCGGGCGAUUGAUCAUCUGAGCCUCAGGCUAGGGUUGGAGGAACAAGAGAGUGGCCCAGGUCUUGCUGGCCCUAACACUGUCAGGCCUCAGGAUGCAGAUAUGUCGCGUGAGCAGUUUACUUGGGACGCAUACGAAGAAAUUGACGUUUUCUCAGAGUGUAUCGCCAAAUUUCCAACGACAGCAUUCGCUGAUGAAUUUCUGGGGCCGGGCUCCUCUUCAGCCACGAGCGUCUCUACGGCGGAUUUACUUUCAAUGAACUUGAACACCCCGGAUUCGGGCGAUUGGAUGUACGGAGGAGCCUUCAAACCAUAG